AUGGCUGCACGGAGGAGGACAGCCCGCCGGCCACCCGGCGGCCGGCGCCGCCACGACGGCGGUCCGCCCCAUCGUACGCUGCCGUUCCCCGACAUUGCUACCGUGGCUUGUGAGAAGCAGAAACAACAGCCGGUGGAGAGCAUGAGCAUCCCUGAAGGCCCCCUCGUCGAGAUCCUCUCGCGGGUGCCCUACAAGUCACUCUGCCGCUUCAAGUGCGUGUCCAAGCCGUGGUUCGCCCUCUGCUCCGACCGAGAAAUCCUCAAGAAGUCGCCGCAGAGCCUAGCCGGAUUCUUUCUCAACUUCGGAGGUAACAUCUGUGUCCGUAAUUUAUCUGGGCGAGGCCCGCCUCUGGUCGACCUCAAUCUCCAGUUCCUGCGCGAGAACUACAAACGCGUGUGGCUUGAACAAUGCUGCGGCGGCCUUCUCCUUUGCGACUGCGCGAAAUCCCGUUCCCUCGGAGGCGGAGGCGGAGGCGGACAUGACUAUGUUGUGUGCAAUCCUGCAACUAAGGAGUGGACUGUGCUGCCUCAUAUACAAUUUUUGGUUCAAGGCAUCGUCAAUGUCGGACCACUCAUUUACUUGGGCUUCGAUGCGGCCGUUCCCUCCCGCUUUGUGGCGUUUGCCCUGUCUGCACCCGAGGCACCAAACCACGGACAAGUGUCUAUCUACUCAUCAGAAACUGGGCGGUGGACUUCUGUUCAGAGUAAGUGGGCCUCUGGAACCACUGUGAAUAGACAUGCAGGGUAUGUGUUUCUGAAUGGCGCUAUGCAUUUGACUACCUUUAGUAACUCAAUAGUCACGGUCGACGCGGAGGGGAAAGUUUGGAGGGAGAUUGAAAUGCCAGAUGACUUGCCAACCCUGUUUACACAUUAUUCCAUUGGCCAGUCUCAGGGGCUCUUGUAUGCUUGGAGGAUUGAGAAUGUUGAUGAUUACCAACUCUAUAUUUGGGUUCUAGAGGAUUACAUUAAUGGAAAGUGGGCACUAAAGCAUACAAUGAGCGUUUUAAAAUUGUUCACAAGGCAUCACAAAGGAUACUCCUAUUCCUAUACCAUGUUUGCAGUCCAUCCAGAUUGUAAUGUGAUUUUCGUUACCAACAAACAGAAGUUAAUAAUGUCGUACAAUAUGGAUAAUCAGAAAGUGCGUGUCUUCUCCACUUCUACACAAUCCAGGUUUGGUCUACCUUACAUUCCCUGUUUUGCAGAAUGGCCGUCAGCUGGUCAGUGAGAGUCAGUGCAGAAUGACACGACACGGUAUGAAAAAAUAUAAGUUGCUAUGGACUUAAUGUGCCAGUAGCUUGGAUAUGUCCGAAGUCCUAUGUCUUUAUCUGUUGGUGUUUGGGUGCAUGACUUUUGUGGCUUCAAACAAUGUUGGUUAGAGAAGACUUUGUAAGGGUAAAUUGGUAAAGCUUAGUUGCCUGAAUGAACCUAGUCAUUCAAUCUAUUUGCCAUCAUGUAUUACUGGUUAUUGUCGCAACUUGCUAGCUCUUGCUAUGGGUAGUUUAAGACACUGAGAGUGCAUUAUUUAUAUGUGAAAUGGUUUGCAUUUUCACCUCUCUUCCAUUUAUUUUGUGCAAGUAAAUAUCUUCUACAAUAUGUACAUACUAUUAUCCAUCAAUGCCAAAUAUUCAUUUCUCCCUGUUUUUAUGCAUUUGUAAGACAGUUCUUUCAAAACCUAGGAAACAUAGUUCUUUCAUCUUGUUUUGUGGUCAAGGGAAGAGGACUUUCUGAGGGAAACAGAAAAAACAUGAUUAACAUAUAGAUAUGUCUAGUAAUAUUGGGAUGAUACCAUGCAUACAAUAAGUUCACCAUUCACCACUAUCACUUACACUCCCCCGAUUUAUUUUUAGUUCUUGAUUACAUAGAGCUGUCACUGCGAGGACUAUUCUCCUAGUUGAAUUCUAUCUAGAUUGUUAAAUUGAUAGCUCGCCAUCCAACUAAAUCUAUUUUUCAGCAUCUUAUGAUUUUGUUGACCAUAAUGUUACCUCACAGUACUUUUUUGUCCCGUACUGUCUACCCAGCAUUCUGCUAGACUGUAUUGAGUUCCUUGAAUUUGUUUCUAAUUGUCAUUUUCAUUUUUACUUUUGCGCGCUCUUUACGACAAGCUGGGCAGGACACCCUUUAUUUAGCAAUACCACACGAGACAUGUUAGCUUUGCCCCAUUACUUGUAACAUUUUUUUUCUAAUGCUAAGUUUUUUUUUGAAUUGUUUUUUUUUGAGGGCUAAUGGCAGGUGCUCUGCCUUUUCAUUAUAGUUCAGGAAUUUACAAGGGAAAAAGUCUGAAGCCCUAAGGCAGACAAAAAAGAUA